AUGUCCGCCAGUCAGUCCAGCCAGAAACUCCCAGCGCAGGCGGCGCCGGAAGCUAAGGCUCGCGGUGCAAAUCGCUCGACAAAGGUCGCGGGCAAGCUCAAGGUAUUGCCAGACCAACCGGAGCCUGUCUUGCCAGCGAAGAAGGAAAGCGAAGAAGAGGCAGAUAGCGACGAAGAUGGGGACGAUGAGGAGGAGCCGGAAGACGUAGAGACGGGAUGCCCUGCGUUGACGAAGCGAAAGGCAAAGUCGCUGCCGCGUGUCACCGCAUAUGCCACUGCUGGGUCCUACCGUUUUCCUGAAUUGAUGAAGUUUUUCAAUGCAAGACGCCCGUCUUACCAUACAAAUCCUCGGAUCAUCGACGAGGUUAUCUAUACGCCCUAUGCUUAUGAUGAGCACGCCGAAGUGCCCUCAGGCUCACAGCGUCAAGUCCACUUUCAGCCUGAUUCACCAGAGACCGGUGACUUGCUCGGUGUACCGGAGCUAGUACCGGACAGAGACGGGCAUGCGCAUACAGACGGCGAACAAGAAGGAGCGGAGAUAUUCAUGUUCAAGUAUGGAACGGUUGUACUCUGGGGCAUGACUGAGGCCCAGGAAAAACGGUUCCUUUCGUCAAUCAAACGAUUUGAAGUCGAUAAGCUAGCCCCGCACGCCGUAGAAAUGGAAGAUCUCAACUACUAUUAUGCGAAUUAUAGCCGGAUCUACAACGACGUGAUCACUCUGAGGGUUGGGACAAAACUCUCAUUAUCGCACGCUUUGUCGCAGUCUGUCAAGAUAUCUCUGUUUGAAGAACUCAUCUCCUCGACGAUCGAAGAGACCAAGGAUAUCCCCGAGAUAAUUAGUGAGACGGGGAAGAUCGGGAUGCCGCAUAAGGACAUCAUGCGAAAAAUCGGGGAGCUGUUCCUGCUGAGGGCGAAUAUCAAUUCGGUCGGAUCAGUGCUCGACUCUCCGGAGGUCUUCUGGACGUAUCCUGACUUGCAGCCGCUAUACGACGCAGCACGCGAUUAUUUGGAAAUUCCUCAGCGAAUUGACUUGCUCAACACUCGUGUGGAGGUGCUACAAGAUAUGCUCCAGCUUCUCAAAGAGACCGUGUCAAGCCGGCACGCAGAACGUCUGGAACAAAUUGUCAUCGCUCUGAUUGGGGUAGAGAUAGUCCUCGGCAUCAUAACGAUUAUCGUUGACCUGUUUGCAUAA